AGGAAAUCUAAGUUGCGGUAAAAGUACGCACACCAGAUAAUCAUCAUCGUCAUACUAUUCACAGAUAUCAACUGAAUCUGGUGUAACAUAAUAAAUGGAGUGAGAUACUGAUAUCUAAAUUGAACGAAUGCCCUUUCGUUUGAGUUUCUCCAGAAGCUCCAUCGAUUAACACAAAUCGAAACCAGAUAAUAUUUCUUGAUCGUAAAUUCGAUGUAUGAAGCUCUUCAAAAUAGAGGAAUAAAGAAUUUUCGAAAAAAACGAAAAAUCGCUUUUGGUUGUAUUAUAAGAAGCAGUUCAUCAACCAAUCGAUGAGAAUCUGAGAGGUAGCCAAGCACACAACAGACUAAAUAAAGAUGGCAGUCCACCAAAGUCACAUGCUCACAAAAUCAUUACAAGAUGCCAUACUCAGACUCUGCACACAGCAUCUCAACUUUAAAAGCACAUUGGAGAUUGAUGGUAUCAUAUGUAUAAGCCCUGGAGAAAGCACAAGUGACAUAGUCAUAAAAAUGCAUAGAACAGUGCUUAAACCAAAUGACAGUAAUAUAUCAACAUUGCAUGCUCCAAUUGUGUCUCAAAAUACAUCAAACACAUGUGGUAAGCCAUGCAUGACAUUGACAAAUCAGGAGAGUGAGGUAUCAUCCAUAACGCAUGGUAGUAUAGGAUCUCAAAAACACAACACUGACAAUUCAACUACUGCUCCUGUUGAGGCUUACCAACCAGAGAUCAGAUCAGAUGACACAACAUUGUAUUAUGAGUCUUCAGAUGCAAUAGAAGACCACAUUCAAAGAAAGCAGAUGAAAUCCCAUAGUACCUCCUCUAAACAUAGACGUUCUAUUAACCCUGAUGUGUCUGAACCUAUGGAGAAAUUCAUCAAGCUAGAGGUGGAUGAUGCUGAUGAGGAUGGAAAUGAUAUUGUUGAUGAGGAAGCUGGUGCAUUCAGGGAAGGACAUGAUCCUAGCACAAUAUCAUGCAGGGGACAAGAGAACACUGGAGGUUUCUUAAAUACUGGAGCCUCACUGGAACCCAUUGGCAAUCUCAACAAUGCCAUACUUCAAGAUGACAUCUAUCAAACAGAGUUGAAGAACUAUCAGCAGAAUUUUCCUGUUCUUCUCAAGUUAUCAGAAAACAAAACUAGCCCAAAAUUAGAGACGCCGAAUAAAACAUCUUCCUAUGGACAAUCUGGUCUGAUGUCAUAUCAGUGCCAUCUUUGUUUGAAAACAUCAAAGAAUGCGGGUGACUUGAAGAAGCACAUGCGUAUCCACACUGGGGAAAAGCCAUAUGUUUGUAAAUUGUGCAUUAAAUCAUUCAACAGGGUGGACUCUCUACGUAGACAUGAGAGAGUGGUGCAUGGACUAGCUACAGGGCAAAGUAAAACUGAUAUGGGGGACUCUACUAGUAUGAAACAGGAUGUAGGCCUGCAUGAACGUGUUGGUCCCCUGUAUGACAAUAUCAGUGCAAUGACUACAAGUUAA